CCCUGAGACGAGCCCCGAGGGCGUGCAUAGCUGAGCUCCUCAGCCCCACCUCAGCUCCGCUACGGCGCCGGCCGCUCGCCUCCCUCCACCCUCCGCUUCUCUGCUCCAUCUUCUAUACUCCAGCUCCUUCCCCCUCCCUCCCUCCCUCCCUCUGUCUCUUUGUCUGUCUCUCUGUCUCUGUCGCUCUGUCUCCCUGUCUCUGUCUGUCUGUCUGUCUCUCUCUUUUUCUUUUUCUUUUUCUUUCUCUCUCUCUCUUCUCUCUCUCUCUCUCUCUCUCUCUCUCUCUCUCUCUCUCUCUCUCUCUCUCUCCACCUCGACGUGUCGGCGGGCACGUCCCCAGCGCCGCAGCCCGCCCGCCGCACGUCAGCCACCCAGCCCUUAUUUAAGGCGGCGGCCGCCUGCUCCCCCGCUCUGCCACCGCAGCCGUGCUUGGGUGAAGACGCUCGCAGUGCACCAUGUCUCUCAAGGAUCAUCUCAUCCACACUGUCCACAAACAGGAGAGUCAUGCUGAAAAUAAGAUUAGUGUGGUGGGUGUGGGUGCAGUCGGAAUGGCCUGUGCCAUCAGCAUCCUCAUGAAGGACUUGGCCGAUGAACUUGCCCUUGUUGACGUUGUGGAGGACAAGCUCAGAGGAGAGAUGCUCGAUCUCCAGCAUGGCAGCCUCUUCCUUAAAACUCCAAAGAUUGUCUCUGGCAAAGAUUACAGCGUGACUGCACACUCCAAGCUGGUUAUUGUCACUGCUGGUGCCCGGCAGCAGGAAGGAGAGAGCCGCCUUAACUUGGUCCAGCGCAACGUCAAUAUCUUCAAAUUCAUCAUUCCCAAUGUCGUUAAAUACAGUCCUGACUGCAAGCUGCUUAUUGUCUCAAACCCAGUGGAUAUUUUGACCUAUGUGGCCUGGAAGAUCAGUGGCUUCCCCAAAAACCGUGUUAUUGGUAGUGGCUGCAAUCUGGACUCUGCCCGUUUCCGCCACCUCAUGGGAGAAAGGCUGGGCAUCCACCCUCUGAGCUGCCAUGGAUGGAUUGUCGGAGAGCAUGGAGAUUCCAGUGUGCCUGUCUGGAGUGGAGUGAAUGUUGCCGGUGUCUCUCUGAAGACCCUUCAUCCAGACUUGGGAACUGAUGCAGACAAGGAACACUGGAAGGAGGUCCAUAAACAGGUCGUGGACAGUGCCUAUGAGGUGAUCAAACUGAAGGGAUACACGUCCUGGGCUAUUGGCCUUUCUGUGGGAGACCUAGCUGAAAGCAUUAUGAAGAAUUUGAGAAGAGUGCACCCCAUCUCUACCAUUGUUAAGGGCUUGCAUGGAAUAAAAGAAGAUGUCUUCCUAAGUGUUCCUUGUGUACUGGGCAGUAACGGCAUCACUGAUGUAGUAAAGAUGAUCCUAAAACCUGAGGAAGAGGACAAAUUAAGGAAGAGUGCAGACACACUGUGGGCAAUCCAGAAGGAACUACAGUUUUAAACGUCCCCAAGCAGUUUUUGGUUCUUAGCAGUUUAACGGGUUUAGUGGUUUGUCUUAUGUUGCACUUUCCAAGUAAGUCAAAUCUUUCAAUGUAUUAUCUCAACUAGAACACACAAAAAGCUCAAAUCUGAACAAUGGAGUUUCCUGAAGAUAGCAUUAGGAAACUAAUAGAAUCUAGGGUUUUCCCUGUUCACAGACACCCAUGUUCUUAGCCAGAGCUAGAUAACCUAGUCAGUCUUGUUCAGUGAAGUAGUAUGACAGAAAUCCAGCAUUCAAAGCAGCACUGCCUAAAAUACCCUUUGCCUUUUCCUCAUCUUGUUUCAUGUUGGUUCAAAGGAAUAAGGAGUAAAUAAUUGCUACACAGUGUGAAACCGAAGACUUUUCUUGAAGUUAAAGGAUUGUCAAGCCAAUUGACCAACCUUCUCUACCAGCUGAAUAGCUUAAAUAUUUCACUGUUGAUAGGUCCAAGUGUAUUUUCCUAACACUGCUUGGAAUUUUUGUGGGUCUUUUUUUUUUUUUUUUCUUAGAGAACCUUAUUUUUGUGUACUUUAUCAGUCUAGUUGUAAGUUCUGUCUCCAGAGCAUGUUUAAAAAAUGUUAAGGUUUCUAUGUGCAACAAGACAGUGACUGUCCAACUGCAGUACCAACUACAACACAAAAUAAACCACAAACUGAUA